GCCUGCCCAGCAGAUGUUCAGAAUUCUUGUCCCCAGUGUUUUUAUAGGUUUAAUGAGACAGUGGCUCAUCUUUACUGUGCUGCUGCAAGAGUUUUACUGGUUUAUGUUGAUGAACGUGACAGAGAGGAUCCUGUACCAGAAAAAAAGAAGCAUUGGUAUAUUCCAUACAUCAGAGUUACCCAGUCUAUGGGUGCUAAGGACUACAACCUGAAGAUGAAAGUUGAUGCACAAACAGUAUUCUCAUGGAAAAGCACAAUCAUCAGUGAAGCAGGACUGAAUGAAAAUAUUAGAUGCAUAUCUGGAAGACUGGAUGUAGAAGAUAAUAUCACUAAAGAUACCAAAAUUCUUUAUAACAACAUUACACUGGAUUUUUACAUGAAAGAUGACUGUCACUGUUCUUUCAUUGAUUAUCCUGUGGGCUAUGCUUUGAUGUUCUUCAGCAAAGAGAAAGCUGCCUCUAAACUUCCAGUUCAGCUAACAGAUGGAGUAACCAUUAUAUCACUUCCAUAUGGAACACUUACUCUUCCAAACUGUUUGUAACAAUAUUUUGUAUUUUCAAUGUGUUUAUAAGUCAAUAUAAUAAUCUUAAUCAUCUUGACUAGAAUUUGUAUCAAGUAAAACAAAAUAAAGAAGUUGGUCUUAUGAUGAUUAUUA